CAAAAGGCGAAUAAACUGUGUUUGGCAACAAUAGUGUCGACUAUUACGUUAAUAAAAUGGAGUUACCAACGAACAACGAACUUUCUGUUGAUAACGACAUUGCGAAAUAUGGUUUUAAAGUAAGACUCGACCAUGAAUUUCCAGAGAAAUGGUUACCAAUUAAGCGACCGCGUCUACGACAAUUGCCGCAUCUUUUACCACUGGGUUUAAGAUACUGGUCGUACUAUAAUAAAAUAGUAAAGGAUGGUCGUAUACCGCUUAUGGAUUAUAUGAAAAUGCCAAUCGGCUUGCAGAUGUACGGUGCUCCGAUAGGCGGUAUCGGUGGCGGGACUAUUGGUCGUGGUUUUAGGGGUGAAUUUUGCCGUUAUGCACUGCGUCCUGGACAGUAUCAAUACCAUACAAUAAUACCAAACCAGUUCAUAGUAACCAUUAGAGAUGUCGAAGGCAACACGAUUUAUCAUCAAGUACUGUCCACGCACAAGAAACCGAAAAUAUUAAAGUCGUGGAAAUGGCAUUUCGAUGGCACUAAAGCAAGAUAUACAUCACUUUAUCCAAGAUCCUGGACUGAGUAUGAUCUGGAUGAAGUUUCCGUGAAAUUGAUUUGCCGUCAAGUGUCGCCAGUUAUUCCUCACAAUUAUAAGGAUAGCUCCUUGCCGUGUGCAGUAUUUAUCUGGGACGUGAUUAAUAAUUCAGGAAAAGAUCUGAAUAUUGCUAUUACUUUUACAUUUCAAAGUGGCACUGGUGAUAAUACUGAUAACGAAGUGAACAAAUGGACUGAAUAUUUUGAAACUGAUAAUGUCUCUGGUGUCAUGAUACAUCAAAAGAUUCACGAGAUGAAUUGUACGUAUGCCAUAAGUUCACGGGCGAAGAAUGGGAUUGAAAAUUCUCGUGUUCUCAGUUUCGAUCCAAUGAGUAAUGGCGAGAGCUUAUGGCGCGAACUUGAGGACAAUGGAAAAUUCGAAGAGAAAACUUUACGAGCUUCUCCGAAAACCGGACAUCCAAUUGCUGCUGCAGUUAGUGCCCGUACAUUGGUCAAAGAUGGCAGCACUAGUGUACUCGAAUUCUCUUUAGUCUGGGACAUGCCAAAGAUACAUUUUCAUUACAAGAUGCGCGAAUAUCUCAAAUAUUAUACGAAAUUUUUUUACGAACCUGAAGGAUCAGCUGCUCCAUUGAUUUCUCAGUACGCGCUCAGCAAUUAUCGACAGUGGGAAAGGGAAAUAUGCAAUUGGCAACGUAACGUCCUCGAGGAUCAGCAACUACCUGAUUGGUACAAGAGUGCACUUUUUAACGAGCUAUAUUACGUCGCUGAUGGUGGUACAAUUUGGUUAAGGAGCGACGAAACUGACAAUUUUCCAGCCACGGAUCCACGAUCCGAAUAUGGUCGCUUCGCUUAUCUUGAAGGUCAAGAAUAUAGAAUGUACAAUACGUAUGACGUACAUUUUUAUGCCGCUUUUGCACUGGUCCAAUUAUGGCCGCAUCUUCAAAACUGUAUACAAUAUGAACUUCGUGACAACGUUCACAUGGAAAUUGAGACCAGAUGGACAACCCUGUAUGAGGGUGUAAUACAGGCACGUAAAUUGAAAGGAACAGUACCUCAUGACAUGGGUGAUCCUGGUGAGGAACCAUUCAAACUAAUUAACUCAUAUCCGAUUCACGACGUAUCCGAGUGGCGGGAUCUCAAUCCAAAAUUUAUCUUGAGCUGCUAUAGAGAUUACGUUAUCACAGGGAAUUUACAGCUGUUACAGGAUUUAUGGCCUACUAUGAUACAGAUUCUCGAACGAUGCCUGACCUGGGAUGAAGAUGGCGAUGGUCUAAUUGAAAAUGGAGGUUUCCCUGAUCAAACUUAUGACACUUGGGUCAUGAAGGGUCCAAGUGCCUAUUGCGGUGGUUUAUUCCUGGCUGCACUUCAUUGUUCUAUAGAAAUGGCCAAACUUCUUGGACAUGAUGCCGAUGCCAAAAAGUAUGAAGAAAUUUUGAAAAGGGGAAAGGUUGCUUAUCAGGAGAAACUUUGGAAUGGACAAUAUUACAAUUUUGAUAGCAGCGAUUCCGGUCACAGCAAAUCGAUAAUGAGCGAUCAACUGUGCGGCCAUUGGUUUUUGAGGGCAUCUGGUUUUAAUUACGAAAUUUUUCCCGAGGACAGAGUUAAAUCUGCGCUUAAAGUUAUUUUUGAAAAUAAUGUCAAAAAGUACAAAAAUGGUGAGCAAGGUGCUGUCAAUGGUUUCUUACCGACUGGAUCGAUUGACCGGAAGACAUUGCAAAGUGAAGAAAUGUGGACCGGAAUUACAUAUGGAUUGGCGGCUCUCAUGAUACACGAAGGCAUGAUCGAAGAAGGUUUCAAAACAGCUGAAGGAGUUUAUAGAACUGUAUAUGAAAAAAUUGGAAUGGGUUUCGAAACGCCGGAAGCACUUUUUGAAAAUAAAUUUUAUCGUGCAAUUGGUUACAUGAGGCCUUUGUCAAUUUGGGCUAUGCAUCUGGCAUGGGAAUCGAGAAAAUUAAAAACAAUGAAAUAAUCUAUUUCACGUGAA